CCUCCUCUUCCUCCUCAUCUCUCUCCCUCUCGAGCUCUGCUCCGUUCUUGGAGUUCUUCUCGUCUCGCAAGGGAGGAGGAAGAGGAGAUCGAGGCAGCCAUGAUGCAGCAGCAGCAGGAGUCGUGGAACGCCGCAGCCGCCGUGGGGCUCCUCCGGCCGACCAAGUCGGCGCCCUGCUCGCCCAUCAAGCCGGCGGCGGCGGCGGCCAUGCUCCGCACCAACUCCGACUCCUUCCACGUCGCCCACAAGGUGCCCGUCGGCGACACACCGUACGUGCGCGCCAAGCGCGUCCAGCUGGUUGACAAGGACCCGGAGAAGGCGAUCGCGCUGUUCUGGGGGGCCAUCAACGCCGGCGACCGCGUGGACAGCGCGCUCAAGGACAUGGCCAUCGUGAUGAAACAGCAGAACCGCGCCGAAGAGGCCAUCGAGGCCAUCAAGUCGCUGCGCAGCCGAUGCUCCGACCAGGCGCAGGAGUCACUCGACAACAUCCUCCUCGACCUCUACAAGAGAUGCGGGAGGCUGGAAGACCAGAUCUCGCUGCUCAAGCACAAGCUGCAGCUGAUCCACCAAGGACACGCAUUCAACGGCAAGCGCACCAAGACGGCGCGGUCGCAGGGCCGCAAGUUCCAGGUCACCCUCGAGCAAGAAGCGACCAGGCUCCUUGGCAAUCUGGGGUGGGCGCUGAUGCAGAAGGAGAACUACACGGAGGCGGAGGGGGCGUACCGGCGUGCGCUGCUCAUCGGGCCGGACAACAACAAGAUGUGCAACCUGGGCAUCUGCCUCAUGAAGCAGGGCCGUGUGCUCGAGGCCAAGGACGUGCUCAAGCAGGUGCGCCCCGCGGCGGUCGACGGCCUUCGCGGCGCGGACUCGCACCUCAAGGCCUACGAGCGCGCGCAGGAGAUGCUGCGGGACCUCGAGGCCAAGCUCGUCGGCCGCCCGCGCGCCGAUCAGCUUGACACGAGCUGGCUCUUCGACGCGCUACUGCUUGGGUCGUCCUCAAGCAUCUGGCAACCGCAGCCGUGCAUCGACCACAUGCUGCCGCCCCCGGCCCCGGCCCCGCGCGAUCGCUUCGCCGAUGAGAACGCCGGUUUGAGCAAGAAGAUGGCGGCGCUGCAGGCGAACAUGCUCAAUGUGGACGCCCAGCCGUUCUACUCUCUGCGGAUGCCGCCACUUGAAACCAAGCGACAGAACACGCUGCCUCGGCCUCAGCAGCAGCAGCAGCAGAAGCCGGCUCCGGUGCAUGAUCCCAUGGGCAACCUGAAGAGGACACGGUCCGGCAAUGCCAUGGACAAGGAGCAAAGCACCGACGAGAACAGCGGGAGGAGGAAGUCGCUCUCGGCCGAGGAAAGAUGGCCGGAGCUGCCCGACCACAGUGCGUUCGACGAGGCCCUUGUGGCGGCGGUUCUUGCGCCAGUCCUUGACGAUGAACCAGCAGCCACUGAAGAGAACGCCAGCGGCAAGCAGCCGGCGAGCUGCGACACGAGCCCAGCGAUGAAGGAGAAGAUCGGCAAGAGGCUCAGGAUCUUCCAGGACAUCACACAGACAGUGAACACAUUCUGAUUCGUUUCAUUUUUCUUUUGUUUCCUACUCACAAACAGGCAUGCUUGAGGUUGGUGACACGGCGAAGGAGAUGGGCUUAUUCUCCUGGGAGCUCCUGCCUGGCAACUAAGUUAAUCAGGGAUUCGAUUCGAUUCGAUUUAAUUUCCUGCUGAUUUUCAAUUCAAUUUAACACACCAAAAUAACAGCUGAUUCUUUUGUUCACUUCUUCAGCUUGACACUUAAGCAAGAGCGUGUUUCCAGCUUAUUUUCCAUUAGGCCUUCCUUGUAAUAGAAGUGGAUUGCAGCUUGUUCUAAUUUCGUCUGGUUAAACGCUUGAAUAACAAAGUGACUCAUUUAUUUA